AUGACAUGUCACCAGCGACAUGUCCUUUAUCUCAUUUAUACAGAGAGGCAAACUGUUGGAGAACACCAGCUUACUGGACAUAAAGUAGCAGUGAAAAUUUUAAACAGGCAAAAAAUUCGUAGUUUGGAUGUUGUUGGAAAGAUCAAACGAGAAAUCCAAAAUUUAAAACUUUUCAGGCAUCCCCAUAUUAUCAAACUGUAUCAGGUGAUCAGCACCCCUACUGAUUUUUUCAUGGUGAUGGAAUAUGUGUCUGGUGGAGAAUUGUUUGAUUAUAUCUGUAAACAUGGACAUGUAGAAGAAGCUGAAGCCAGGCGCCUCUUUCAGCAAAUUCUGUCAGCUAUGGAUUACUGCCAUAGGCAUAUGGUAGUUCACAGAGAUCUGAAACCAGAGAAUGUGCUGCUGGAUGCACACAUGAAUGCCAAGAUAGCUGAUUUUGGGCUAUCCAAUAUGAUGUCAGAUGGUGAAUUUCUGAGAACCAGCUGUGGCUCACCCAACUAUGCAGCACCAGAAGUAAUCUCUGGAAGAUUGUACGCUGGCCCAGAAGUUGAUAUCUGGAGCUGUGGUGUUAUUCUGUAUGCUCUCCUCUGUGGGACUCUUCCUUUUGAUGAUGAGCAUGUCCCAACCCUGUUUAAAAAAAUCCGGGGAGGCGUCUUCUACAUUCCUGAAUACCUCAACCAUUCAAUAGCAACCCUGCUGAUGCAUAUGCUACAGGUUGAUCCACUCAAACGAGCCACCAUCAAAGACAUACGAGAGCACGAAUGGUUCAAGCAAGAUCUGCCCAGUUAUUUGUUCCCAGAAGACCCAUCGUAUGAUGCCAAUGUCAUGGAUGAUGAUGCUGUGAGGGAAGUUUGUGAGAAAUUUGAAUGCACCGAGUCAGAAGUGAUGGCCAGCUUGUACAGUGGAGAUCCUCAGGACCAGCUUGCGGUUGCGUAUCACCUGAUCAUUGACAACCGGAGAAUCAUGAAUCAGGCCAGUGAGUUCUACCUCGCCUCCAGCCCACCAAGUGGCUCUUUUAUGGAUGACUCUAUGCAUAUCCCCCCAGGGGUGAAACCUCAUCCAGAAAGGAUGCCGCCUCUCGUUGCGGAUAGUCCCAAAGCAAAAAGCUCUUUGGAUGCAUUGAACACCACUAAGCCAAAACCGUCGACUGUGAAAAAAGCCAAGUGGCAUUUAGGAAUACGAAGUCAAAGCAAGCCUUACGAUAUCAUGGCUGAAGUUUACCGGGCAAUGAAACAUCUGGAUUUUGAAUGGAAGGUGGUGAAUGCCUAUCACCUUCGAGUGCGUAGAAAGAAUCCAGUUACAGGAAAUUAUGUGAAAAUGAGUUUGCAGCUCUAUCAGGUGGACAAUCGCAGCUAUCUGUUGGACUUUAAAAGCAUUGAUGAUGAUGUCAUGGAACAAAGAUCGGGUUCUUCUACACCUCAACGCUCAAGCUCAGCAGCUCGUUUGCACAGACCAAGACUAAGUCUUGACUCCGCCACUGUUGAUUGCCAGUCACUUCCCGGAUCCCCUACUGGUUCUUUGACUGGGAGCAUGUCCUCUGUGACACCACGUCUUGGGAGCCAUACACUGGAUUUCUUUGAAAUGUGUGCCAGUCUCAUUAUUGCACUGGCUGGCUGACAGGUAUAAUUCAGAGGUUUGAUUUCAGUGGAUGAGCAUAGGCCUUGGUAAUGCCAUUUGGCAAAGAAAGCCUCAUUUUGAACAUACAAAUAUCAGAUUCUGUACCCAGAAAUUACUUUAAAUACGGUAUUUAAGAGAGAAGACAAAGGUGUUCGAUUUAGGUAAGUCUAUCUGCAGAUUUUGCUGAAUUUUUGCCAGUAAUCUGGGAUUGUUGGUGUUAUUUCAUAGGUAUGGUAGAAAUGAUGAGCAGUGGAGUUAGUGCUUAACAGAAGUGAAGACUGAAGACUUCAGCCAAAAGCUGGUAGCUAUUGGACUCUACUCGCUGCCACUCAAAAUCAGAUGCUGCACUGCUGCCAAAAAUCUGAAAAACUCUACAAUUGAAGAAUUCAUAACAUUCAUGCCAUGUUGAAUGAACAGUGCAAUAAUAUUCCUGAAAACUUGACCAUCAAAAGGUUUUUUUAAAAAUAAAUAAAUAAAUAAAACUUACUUUAGAAAACAAAAGCAAUAGAAUCCUAGAUCCAAUUAAUUUAGAUUUAUACUCAUGGAAGAAAAGGUUGUCUCUGCUGUUCUUCCAAGUAUUAUAACAUUCAGAAAUUACCCAUAGAGUAGGACUGUAGACCAGAGAAAAGUGGAAUUUUGAUUUUUUUUAAAUCUCAGAUUUUAAAUAAUUAUAAUUUAGACUUAGAUAUUUAAGUUUGGAAAUAUAUUAUGGUAAGCCUUUUGGCCAAACUUCAUAUAUUCUUUUUCUGCUAUGGAAAUGCUUUUGGAAUGCAUGGAAGUCAAUAGUGCUUUUAUAUCCUACUAAUGGAUUCAUCUGAAAUAAUUAUUGCAGUCUACCUCCUAAAUAGCGUAGAACAGCAUUCAAGACUUACUGACUCGAAAACAGAGAGCUAGAGCUAAGCACCUGGAGCAUCAGAUGUCUCCAAAUCUGAGAUUAGAUGAUUCAUUAUAAAGCAAUUCUUGUGACAUUGUGGUAAAAUUAAAUAAAGCAACUGCUUUUAUUAGAGGUAGCAAGUGUCAAAUAAUGCAGAGACAUCUCUUACUUCAGUUAUUAGGCAAUAAGUAACCUCUUCCUGAUCUCAACACAUUUUUAUUACAUUUUUGUUGCUGCUGGAUUGUACGUUAUAUCUGUUUUUCACCCAAGUAGAGAAAAUAUCCUCAGAGAUGAAUUAAACUAAAUGAUUCAAUAUAUGAAAUCCCCCAAACUUAGAUGUUGAAAACCAUUCAAAUUCAGAAAUCACUUCAAUACAAUUCUUUCGAGUGGUGGAUGGUAGUCAGGGUUACCAAUUCUUUUUGCAAACUAUCCAGCAGCUACAUUUCCCCAGUUUUAAUUAAAGUUGUUGUUUUUUAUUAAGGACUUUCCAUUUUCAUUGAAGGAAUUCUUUUCAACGCAGCCUUUCAUAACCACUUUGCCCUUUCUGCUGUUCAUCAUCCAGCUUUUGUUAGAUUCAGACCAUCUAAUAUAUCUCAUAAACAAAAUUUGCACUCUGCUUUUUAUCUCAUUAUUAGUUUUCCCAUCAAUCAUUUCAGGCUGCGUUUUGCAUCAAAUAUAUCAAAAUGCUAGGUUUGCAUAUUUAAAUUAGUAAUAUUUAUUAAUCUCAUGGCAGCAACAGAUCAAAACGUCUAUAGCCGCAAUAUAAAACUCAAAAUUGUGGGGAAAGGAAGAAAAAAAUGUUUUCCUUCAGGGGUGAGUUCCUUUGGUUAAUGUUCUCUUUCAGAAAAAAAGGGUAAUAAACUGAUAAAGCAAGGUAAUUGCAGGCUAGCCACAAUUUUCAGAGAAAGGAUAGCAGAGAACAUUAGCAGCAGUCAAGAAAAGUGAAAAAAAGAACAGGGCACUCAAGACAAGUUUUUCUUGCUUAAAAAGCUAACUAGUAUUUAAAUGCUUCUGUAGCUUUAGUUGUCUAUAACAAUAUUCACUAGGUGCAGGGGUGGGUUCCGGCUGCUGCUACUGCCGAUUCACUCAGGGAUGCACCCUGCAUCCCUGAGCGUGUAUGUGCAGUACUAAAAAAAUGCUUCUGCGCAUACAGAAACAAGAUGAUGGCGCCUAUACACCAUUGAGAGAACUGGUUCGGGGGUGUGGCAGGCCGCCAAGUUGCCACCUAUUCGGCUGAACCGGUAGGAACCCACCUCUGACUAGGUGCUAAUUUUAGGCAGAUUUUGAGAAGAAAAGUUUACUGACACACACAGCAUAUUUCAUUCACUUGUACGGUAAUCCUGUACGUUAGCAGCCCCCAAACCUUUGGGCACCAGGGACCGGUUCUGUGGAGAGACGAUUUUUCAUGGACAAGAGGAGGUGUGGUUUUGCGUGCUGUCUGCAUAUUACAGAAGGGGCAUUGCUUCUUUGUGCAGGUUGUUGGCAUGCCGUGGGCUGGUGAUGGUCCCCACAAAGUGGGUUGGGGACUGCUGCUGUACGUUUCUGUUCAGAAAAUAAAUCUUUGGGUAGACUUAGGUUUAAAUAAGAAUAUAAGAGCAUUGCUAUCCAAAAUAUUUAAUAUAUCCUUUUUAAAAAAAGAUGGGAGAGUCUAUUUGUUUUAGUUUUGAAACAUUGAUCCAAAGGGAGCACUUUUGGCACUGCUGCAGAAGCCGGUUGUGAAAGUGGAUGGAUUUGAGAUCUUUCACAGACAAGGAUGUUUCCCAGUUCACCCUUUGGUCAAAUCAUCAAUCUUUUUCAAUUACUAAUACCCAUUUUUGUUGGUUUUUAAUCUUCAUUUCUGAUUUGCCACUUCCAGAUCAUUAGGGACAUUCUAACACAGGCAAAAAACCAACAAUGAUAUGCCUCUCGGUGUUUGUGUUGGUUCUAGCAUCCCUUCAUCCCCAGAAUUUGAGAAUAAUUUAUGGAGCCAAAAGUUGUGCAACAGAGAGAUGCAUUAGAACCAAUUUGAUAUUGCCAGUAAAUGACACUGCAGUGAAUAUUUUUUCAGCGAGUCACUGUGCAUAAUCAAAAGUCAGUCCAGAGUGGUCUUGGGUGAUGACAUGCUCCAUCAUGAAUGCAUAACAUUGGUCUUGAUGUUUUUUUUUACAAUGAUAAACAGAAAACUUGCCAUUUUGAUAUGUAUCAUUUUUAUUAAUCACAAAAAACUCCACAAAUACAGCAGUUUAAAGUCACGGCAUUAUCUAAAUUGGCUAGAAUAUCUGCCAUAAGGGAGUCACAUGUAACUGUUGCAUUGAGAUUGUCCGCAGUACAUUUUUAAAAGUAACAGAUUAAUGGGCAUUAAUCACUAAUUACCUUGAAACAUAACGAGUUUGUUGAAUUCUAGAUUUCAGAUAUGUUUUUUGUGAGUAAAGCUUUGUCAUUUCCCCCUUCAAUAGGAAAACAUUUUUGCCUUGGCAGCAUCCUUUUACAAUAUUAUUUCAUGAGAACUGGAAUAUGAAUUUGACAGUGUUGUUCCAGACCUCAGGGCUUUUGUGUACUUCUAAAGCUUAACUGCCUGUGACUUUGCUGAGGUACAGAUAAAGCAGGAGUGACUUAUGUUUAGUGUUCAUUUUCUUUAGGCUUUCUCAAGGCAGCACGUUUAGUAAAUGUGUAGUAACAAAACACUUUAUUACUGGAAAUGGUAGUAUUCUUUGAACAUGAGGGUGAAACUUUGUAGAUGCUGCAGUUCAUUGUUUCAGAGUUUUUAAUUAAGCUUUGUUCUCAUAAUAGCUGCUCUUUAAUUUUACAGUAGCUAUUUGUAAUACUUAUUAAUACUUGAUAUUAAUAAUACUUGAUAUUAAUAAGUUGAUAAAUUGAGGUUGAAUUAAAAAUAACAGCCUGAAAUGUAGUAGGUAUAAAUUAUGAUGGAGUCAAAAUAUUAUUUUAGGCAAAAUGGGGGGGAAAUUAUCCAAAUAACUUUGCAUGAAGCCUUUCCAAAUAAUUCAAAAAUUGAACUUUUCUCAUUUUUUGAUAUGGCGUCUCAACAGUCAUUAUCUGAAAAUGACUGUUGAGAUGCCCAUCGGUUUUUUCCCUUUGGGAGGAUAUUGAUUUUACAGGAUUAUUUUCAUAUAAUGAAUUUUGAUACAAUUAAAGGAAUACAAGUAUAGUCACAUUGCUGAAUAUGGAUGUAGGUACAGAUUUUCCUUGACUGAUGACUACAAUUGACUCCGAAAUGUCUGUUGCUAAGCAAGAUAGUUGUUAAGUGAGUUUUGGCCCAUUUUAUGACCGUUCUUGCCACAG